AUGCUUAACACUAAUGGAAGACAAAGGAAUUUAAACACACUGAUGCCAAUGCAGCUAAAAGGACAAGGACUUUCAAGAAUCUCAAGCACUUGCACAGACGAGAGUACUAAUAGUUUUUUGGUAGAAAUUGACUAUAAUCAUGAUGUUGAUGGAAAAAUAAGAGAUGAAAUUGAUGCAAGAUUUAAUCGAUCCCCGACAAAUGCACAUUAUAAGUUCCCAAGAGAAAAAGAAAAAAUCAUAAGGCAGCUGCCUGUAAUUAAUUACCGAUCCUUAGCCCGAGAAAAAACAAUUGAAAUUAAUCGUAGAAAAGAUUCGCUGAAUAACAGUUCUCAUAGGAUGGGAAAUAUAAUCUUAAGCAAAUAUAUACGCAUUCAACGUCCACUGCCAGGUUGCUUGACCACAGCUACCUCCAACACCGCUCUGGGGCGAAUUUCGCGCCAUUUUUCUCAGGCCCUACAAAGGUGCGGCCACCUCCAGCUUUGAUCACCGAAAGAGGAUGCCAGUCUUGAAGUUUGUUCUUCGACGACUCUUAUUUGAGCUAAAGCACUUACUUGGAUUUUUCAGGCACCCUAAAGGUCCCAGUUUGCAACGUCUGGGGUAAAUGGCACCCUUCUGGAAAUUCGAUUCCCUAAGGUCAGGAGUCCAGUAAGAAAAACCUUCCAGCUCUUGCUUCCCUGGCAUAGCCGGGAUAAUUUGGCCAGAGGAAAUCAAACCUCAUAAUUAAAAUAUGCAAGAGAUGAAUUUUCGGUUGGGAGACCAAAAUUUAAAAUGACGCCAUAUUUUAACUAUGAUAGGAAAUAUAACAGAAUUUUUAAAUAAAAGCCUUAAAAGCAGCUCGCCGACAAGAAUGAAAAAAUCAAGCCCAAGAAAUAGAAUUGGAAAGACCCCAAGUCCAUUAUCAACUGUCCUUUUUAAUUUAGCGCCGAUUACCUCAGCCACACCUAGCAGUUUGACAUCAAAACAUAGAAAUAAACACUCAGGAUUCCAAAAAUUGCCCAAAGAGUUCCGGCAUAGUGUUAAAUCUCCAAGCCCAGCUCCUAUACAUUUGUAUUCUGUAAGUCCAGAUCUUAAGAAAUUAUAA